GUGCAAGUGAGGCUAUAUGAGGUCGCUCAUAUAUUUUAGUAGGAAAAAGGGCACGCAUAAACCCGCGAUGAAGCUACUGGCAUUCACCGUAAACGUUUGGCUUGCGGGCAUUCUGAGUACCACAGUCUUCCGAAAAGUUGAGGCACACGAUGGCUGCUUUCUCCAACCCAAAGUGGGAAAGUGCAAAGCCGCAUUCCAGAGGUGGUUUUACAACAUUAGUGCACGUCAAUGCCAGCAGUUUAUCUAUGGUGGAUGUGAUGGCAAUAGCAACAACUUCCGGGAUAAAAUGGAAUGUGAACGAUUAUGCGGAGGGGCCAUUGCUUCCAGGAAACCUAAAGUAAACGGCGAUUGCUUUCUCAGAAAGGAAGUCGGAAAAUGCAAAGCUUCAAAACCACGAUGGUUUUUUGAUGUCAGAACAUACCGGUGCGAAGAGUUUAUCUAUGGUGGUUGCGGUGGCAAUAAGAACAAUUUCCUGACUCAAAACGAAUGUGAGAAAAGCUGCUCAGAAUUCUUGUGGAACCCUUGUGUCAAGCCAAUCAUUCCAGCUUCGAAAAAGUCGUGCCACGGGGAGAAAAAGGAAUGGCGGUUUGGUUACAACAAAGAAACGCAGAAAUGCGAACGCUUUCUCGCUUCCACCUGCAACGAAAAUAUAAACAACUUCUUGACCAGGAGGAGCUGCCUCCUGACUUGUGCGAGAAAGUCCCCUUGUUUGUACAAUACGGAGUACCACACUAGGAGGACUUACGUAUCUUAUUUAUACGACGCACAGAAGGAUACUUGUGCAAAAACUACCACAUAUUUUUACAAAUAUAAGGUCUGGCCGAAAGACAAUCGGUUCAGGUCGAUUCAAGAGUGCGAAAAGCAAUGUAGGCCUAAGCAUACAACGCAUACAAGUUUGCAUAAAUUAUAGCUCUUCAUCAUCUACUGUAAUUAUCGCAUGGAAAGUGUUUUGAUUGUAUCUAGGUGUGGGGACAAACAAUAAACUACGUAUUU